AUGUUAUUAAUUUUUAUUCUUAUAUUUAAUAUCUAGUGCAAUUAUCUUGGAUAAGUAAGCUAAAUAAGAUCUGAUUUGAUUAGGGUUUACUUGUUUCCUCAUUCCCAUGAUGAUGUUGGAUGGAUUAAAACAAUAAAUGAAUAUUAUUUUGAUUAUCAUGGAGUCUAAUAAAUAAUUAAUUCAUAUAUAGAAGAAUUGAUUAAAGAUAAAUCUAAGCAUUUCUCAUAAGUGGAGGUAGCUUAUUUUAAAAUGUAAAUUCUAAAAUAUAUAAAAGGUGGUGGAAUGAAUAGAAUAAUACAAUGAAAGAUAAUGUAAAGUAAUUAAUAUAGAACCAAUAACUUGAAUUUUUAAGUGGAGGUUGGUGUAUGAAUGAUGAAGCAACAACUUAUUAUGAAGAUAUUAUUGAUUAAAUGACAUUAGGACAUAAAUUUCUACUUGAAAAUUUUAAUUAUGUACCCUCUAUUGGAUGGUAAAUUGAUACAUUUGGACAUUCAAAUACUUAAGCACUAUUUUCAAAUAUGAUGGGUUUUAAUGCUUGGUUUUUAGGAAGAAUAGACCAUCAAGAGAGAUUAGAAAGAGAAAAAAAGAAGGAAUUAGAGUUUGUAAUUCAUUCUGAUGAAGAAAACUCUAUUUUCACUCAUAUUAAUUAUUAUGGAUUUUAUUCAUCUCCUUAAGGAUUUGAUUUUGACAUUUCCAAUCCUAAAAGAAAUUAUGUUUCUAAUGAAAACUUGGAAUAAAAGUCUGAAGGACUUGAUUAAUAUUUUAAAUAAUAGUGUAAAUCCUAUAGAGGUAAAAUAUUAGCUCAUACACUUGGUAUGGAUUUUGAAUGGUCAAAUGCUUCUAGCUAUUUUUAAUAAAUGGAUCUUAUUAUUAAUCGAAUAAAUAAUAAUUCCCACAAAUUUAAUAUGAUUAUAGAAUAUGGUACUCCAAAAUAAUAUAUCCAAGCAUUGAAUUAGUAAAAUAUUUCAUAUCCUUUUAAGAAGAAGAUUUUUUUCCUAAUUCUGAUCAUCCUCAUGAAUAUUGGUCAGGAUUCUUCACUAGUAGACCUUCUUUUAAGGGAUAUGUCAAAAGAAUUGGUAGAUAUUUUUAAUAAGUCAACAUAUUAUAUCAGUUAGUAAAAAUGAAUAAUUUUAGUUGUGAUGAAACAAUAAUAUAAGAUUUAUCUCAUUAGGUACAGCGUAACAUCAUGAUGCAAUUACUGGAGCUGCAAAAUAAUAUGUAAUUAAUGAUUAUCUCAAAAUGAUUCAUAAAGCCUAUAUAAAAAUGGAAAAUCAAAUAAAUACAUUUUUAAAUUAUUUAUCAAAUCCAUCAUCCAUAUUUGAUGCUUAAUGUUAAUUUAAUGAAUCAGAUAAAUGUGAUUCCUUAUUUGAUCCUCUUUGCUAAAACCAAACUGUAAUUGUUACUAUAAUUGAUACAAAAAUCAAUAUUGAUGGAUAAUAGGAAUAUAUGAAAAUGCUGAUUCCUAUAGAUUUAAAUAUAAAAGUUGAAGAUGAAUAAGGAAAUCUAAUUAGAGGAGACAUUAUUUGUAUAAAUCACAAAUGCAUUCUUUACAUACCUAGACAAUUUUAAAUUAUUACAUUAUAUUAAAAUAAUGGUUGAUUUUGAAAAUAAUUCAGAAAUUAUAAGAUUAGACCCAAAAUUUAUAGAAAUUAAAAAAGAUACAAAAAUAUUUGAUAAAUUUUAAUUAAAUUAUUAAGUUUAUUUAUCAAACUCAUCAAGAUUAAGUAGUGGAGCAUACAUAUUUAGACCUAAUGGAAAUGCUACUGAUUAUGGUGAUUACCUAUCAGCCAUUUAAUUUUCAGGUCAAAUAAUUCAAUAAAUAUAUUUUGAAAAAACAACUUUAAAAAUUCUGGAUUUCAAGAUUUGAUAAUUAAGAUAUAUUUUAUAUUGAUACUUUUUUAGAUUCAUUAGAUAUAUCUGAUUAAUAAGGAAGAGAAAUAUUAAAUAAUAUGAUUAUUUUUAUGUUUUUUCCAUUAACAUAAUAAUUUACCUGUUUAUAUUUUUUCACUAAAAAUUAUUCAUUUUAAUUGUAUUGUAAAUUCAUACUGAUAUCAAAAAUGAUGAUAUCUUUUAUACAAAUAGUAAUGGAUUCAAACUUGAAAAACGAAGAAUCAAUCACAGAGAAUCAUGGAAAACAAAAAUGA